UUCCAGCUGUCCCUCUCUCGGUCGGGAUUUCGGAACCACGGGAGAGUCACCGGAAAGGCUUUUGGUGAUAAACCGUCGUAUUUUGGGGAGAAUAUAUCACAAUUUAUGGUUACAUAAAAACACAGAGAGUGACUUUAUGCACCUUUUAAGGAUGGACGCGGAACUAUGAGGCGCAGUGUAGUGGCAGAAGACUGAGUGAACCAUGGCGCAGUUCCCCACUGCCUUCACAGGACAAGACGUGUUUCUGAUCACUGCGGAUGAAAGGGCCAAACACGAUCAGCAGUUUCACAGCCUCUCUCCGACUGCCGGGGGUUUCAUAACAGGUGACCAGGCCAAAAACUUCUUCCUUCAGUCGGGGCUGCCGCCGCCCAUCCUGGCCCAGAUAUGGGCUUUGGCUGAUAUGAACGGCGACGGCCGCAUGGACAUCCACGAGUUCUCCAUCGCCAUGAAACUGAUCAAGCUGAAGCUGCAGGGUCACCCUCUGCCGCCGGCGCUUCCUCCCAGCAUGAAGCAGCCGCCCCUCGCUCUGCCCCCCCAGGCCAGCUUUGGAAUGCCCCCUAUGGCGCCACUCCCCACUCCCAUUCCAGCUCCCAUCGCAGCUCCUCUGCCAGUCGUGCCCCCGCUCCCCCUUCCUCCUCUUCCGGUUGGGGUGUCGCCUCCUCUCGUCUCUACCGCCGCCCCGCCCCUCCCGCCGCCCAUCGCCAACGGAGCUCCUCCCACCGCCAUGAUGCCGCCCAUCCCAGGCUUCCCCCACCCAGUCUCAGCUCCGCCUUCGUUCAAUCGCUCCAGCACCAAGCUGCAGAAGGGCUCGUCGUUUGACGCUGCAGGCUCCCAGCCUCCCUCUGACUGGGCAGUUCCUCAGUCCUCCAGACUAAAGUACCGGCAGCUUUUUAACUCCCAUGACAAGAUGAUGAGCGGUUACCUCACCGGGCCUCAGGCUCGCACCAUCCUGAUGCAGUCCAGCCUUCCUCAGAGUCAGCUGGCCACCAUCUGGAGCCUGUCGGACAUCGACCAGGACGGAAAGCUGACGGCUGAGGAGUUCAUCUUGGCCAUGCACCUCAUAGACAUGGCCAUGUCAGGGUUACCGCUGCCUCCAGUGUUACCGCCAGAUUACCUCCCACCCACGUUCAGGCGCGUGCGGAGCGACAGUGUUCAGUCAGACCAGAAGAGUGUCCAGGAGGAGGCAGAGGAGGAGAAUGAGAGCAGUCAGGAGAAGAAACUACCAGUGACAUUUGAGGAUAAGAAGAGGGAGAACUUUGAAAGAGGAAACCUGGAGCUGGAGAAAAGACGUCAGGCUCUGCAGGAGCAGCAGAGGAAAGAACAGGAGAGGCUGGCAGCCCUGGAGAGAGAGGAGCAGGAGAGAAAGGAGCGCGAGCGUCUGGAACAAGAACGAAGACGACAACAGGAGCUGGAGAAACAGCUGGAGAAGCAGCGAGAGCUGGAGAGGCAAAGAGAAGAAGAACGCCGCAAGGAGAUAGAACGGAGAGAGGCUGCUAAGAGGGAACUGGAGCGCCAGCGGCAGCUGGAGUGGGAACGGCAGCGCCGCCAGGAGCUGCUCACUCAGAGAAACCGGGAGCAAGAAAGCAUCGUGCUGCUCAAAGCCAGGAAGAAGACGCUGGAGUUUGAACUGGAGGCUUUGAACGACAAGAAGAACCAGCUGGAAGGUAAACUAAAGGAUGUUCGCUUCCGUCUUUCAACUCAGCGUAGAGAGAUUGAGCAGACCAAUCAGACCAGAGAAACUCGCAUCGCUGAAAUCACACAGCUUCAGCAGCAGCUUCAGGACUCCCAGCAGUGGCUGGGGAGGCUGAUUCCUGACAAGCAGAGUCUGAACGACCAGUUGAAGCAGGUCCAGCAGAACAGUCUGCAUCGUGAUAGCAUGUCAUCCCUGCAGAAGGCCAUUGAGCAAAAGGAGAGCAGCAGGCAGCAGCUCCGGGAGCAGCUUGAUACAGUGGAGAGGGAGACCAGAGCAAAACUGCUGGAAAUAGAUGCCUUCAACACACAACUGAAGUGUCUGUGUGAGUUCUAUGCCAACCACUGUGCCAGGAUAGAAGCCCUGCGACGCCAGCUUCACCGCGAAGAGAAAGGGAGACAGGAGCUGCGCGAGAUCCACAGCCGGCAGCAGAGACAGAAACAGAAGGAGCUGGAGGGAGGCACACAGUCACUCUCCCAACCUUACAUGCAAGCCGCUAUUGAGAGGAAGUCCGCUGAGCUGCAGGAGGGCGGGUUAUCGUCAAAGGAGGGCGUGGCCUGGCGGGGUGAGACGGGAAUCUCCGCCCCUAAAGCUCCUAGCCCCGCCUCUGUGUCUGCCUCCCACGCCUGGCUAAACAGGGUGACGCAGGAGGAGGAGGAGCGGAAAAGGAGAGGGGCGGAGGAGGAAGAGGAGGUCCGGAAGGGAGCCGGCUCCGUGGAAGAGAAGGAGGUGGAGAGCAGAGGCAAGAAGGACAUGCAGGAUAAGCUGAACAAGCUGUUCAGCCAACCAGCUGACCCCUGGGUCUCAGCAGCUGACAAGGCUCCGGCUCCAGGCCUGUUUGACCAGAAAGCGCCCGCCAGUGGCUUCGAGCAACAAAAGCAGCAGCCAGUGAAGGUGGUCUACUACAGGGCUCUGUAUCCGUUUGAUGCUCGUAGCCACGAUGAGAUCAGCAUCCAGCCCGGGGAUGUCAUCAUGGUGAAGGGGGAAUGGGUGGAUGAAUCCCAAACCGGGGAGCCUGGGUGGCUGGGAGGUGAGCUCAGAGGCAGGACCGGCUGGUUUCCAGCUAAUUACGCCGAGCGGAUACCUGAAAGCGAAGCACCAAUCAGCCUGCGCGCCUCAUCCUCAGCCACGCCCCCAUCCACCCAGCAGCCAAUGGCCACGCCCCCGUCCGCCUCUGGACACACCUCCACAUCUUCCGGCAACAGUAACUGGGCCGACUUCAGCACCACGUGGCCGUCCAGCACAGCGAGCCAAUCAGACAGCGAGGGGUGGGACGCCUGGCCCACCACCUCGGCCAAUCAGAAUCCCUCUCUCAGCGUUCCGUCAGCACAGCUACGGCAGCGCUCCGCCUUCACACCUGCCACCAUGACGACAGGCUCCUCCCCCUCUCCUGUGCUGGGGCAGGGGGAGAAGGUGGAAGGACUUCAGGCCCAGGCUUUGUAUCCCUGGAGAGCCAAGAAGGACAACCACCUGAACUUCAACAAAAACGAGAUCAUAACAGUGUUGGAGCAGCAGGACAUGUGGUGGCUGGGUGAACUUCAGAACGGACAAAGAGGCUGGUUCCCCAAAAGCUACGUCAAGCUCAUCUCAGCCAACAUGACCAUCCCUCCUGUUGCUGCUGCUGCUGCUGCUGCUGCUGCUGCAGUCCGCAGCAAAAACGCUAAUGAAGCUGGAAUAUCUGAGAGUCCACCGAACGGGAAACGGCCGUCAUCCUCUCCGGCGAAACCGUCGGACUCUGGAGAAGAGUAUGUGGCCAUGUACACCUAUGAGAGCAAUGAGCAGGGAGACCUAAGCUUCCAGCAAGGAGACAUCGUGGUGGUGACCAGGAAAGAAGGGGAUUGGUGGACGGGCAUGGUUGGAGGAAAGACCGGAGUCUUUCCGUCCAACUACGUCAAACCGCGUGAUUCAGUGACUGAGUCAUUAGGACCAGCAGGGAAGACAGGAAGCCUGGGGAAGAAACCAGAGAUCGCUCAGGUGAUCGCUGCUUACACUGCGACGGGUGCAGAGCAGCUGACGUUAGCCCCGGGUCAGCUUAUCCUCAUCCGGAAAAAGAACCCCGGGGGCUGGUGGGAGGGCGAGCUGCAGGCUCGAGGGAAAAAGCGGCAGAUUGGUUGGUUUCCAGCCAAUUACGUGAAGCUUCUGAGUCCCAGCACCAGCAAGACGACUCCCACCGAGCCCACCCCUCCUAAACUGGCUCCUGCCAGCACAGCUUUGUGCCAGGUGAUCGGCAUGUAUGACUACGUGGCCCAGAACGACGACGAGCUGGCCUUUCAGAAGGGUCAGGUGAUCAAUGUGCUCAACAAGGACGACUGUGAUUGGUGGAAAGGAGAGCUGAACGGAAGGGAGGGUCUGUUUCCUAGCAACUACGUCAAACUGACAACGGACACUGACCCGUGCACACAGUGGUGCGCUGACCUCCACCUGCUGGACAUGCUGAGUCCCAUGGAGAGGAAGAGGCAGGGCUACAUCCACGAGCUGAUCGUCACAGAGGAGAACUACGUCAACGAUCUGCAGCUCGUCACCGAGAUCUUCCACAAGCCUCUGCUGGAGUGUGAGCUGCUGACGGAGAAGGAAGUGGCCAUGAUCUUUGUGAACUGGAAAGAGCUCAUCAUGUGCAACAUCAAACUUCUCAAGGCCCUCAGGGUGAGGAAGAAGAUGUCAGGCGAUCGGAUGCCCGUGAAGAUGAUCGGCGACAUCCUGACCAACCAGCUGCCUCACAUGCAGCCGUACAUCAGGUUCUGUUCAUGUCAGCUGAACGGAGCAACGCUGAUUCAGCAGAAAACCGACGACAAUCCUGAGAUCAAAGACUUCCUCAAGAGGUUGGCCAUGGAUCCCAGGUGCAAGGGGAUGCCUCUGUCCAGUUUCCUCCUCAAGCCCAUGCAGAGGGUCACACGCUACCCGCUCAUCAUCAAAAACAUCCUAGAAAACACUCCAGAGUCUCAUCCAGACCACAGCCAUCUGAAAGCUGCGCUGGAGAAGGCAGAGGAGCUCUGCUCUCAGGUGAAUGAAGGCGUCAGAGAGAAGGAGAACUCCGAUCGGCUGGAGUGGAUCCAGGCUCACGUUCAGUGUGAGGGGCUCUCAGAGCAACUGGUGUUUAACUCGGUCACCAACUGUCUGGGUCCCAGGAAGUUCCUCCACAGCGGCAAGCUGUUCAAAGCCAAGAGCAGCAAGGAGCUCUACGGCUUCCUGUUCAAUGACUUCCUGCUGCUCACUCAGGUGACCAAACCUCUGGGCUUUUCGGGGUCGGACAAAGUCUUCUCCUCAAAAACCCAUCUGCAGUAUCGCAUGUACAAAACGCCAAUCUUUCUGAACGAAGUGUUAGUGAAGCUGCCAACGGAUCCAUCGGGAGAUGAACCUCUGUUCCACAUCUCACACAUAGACAGGGUUUACACGCUGCGGGCCGAGAGCAUCAAUGAAAGGACUGCGUGGGUGCAGAAAAUUAAGGCGGCUUCGGAGCUCUUCAUAGAGACGGAGAAGAAGAAGAGGGAGAAGGCGUAUUUAGUCCGUUCGCAGAGGGCGACGGGGAUCGGCAGACUGAUGGUCAACAUCGUGGAGGGGAUCGAGCUGAAACCCUGUCGCACCCAUGGAAAAAGCAAUCCUUACUGUGAAGUCACCAUGGGCUCUCAGUGCCAUAUCACAAAAACGGUGCAGGACACUUUGAAUCCCAAGUGGAAUUCCAAUUGUCAGUUUUUUAUUAAGGACCUGGAGCAGGACGUCCUCUGUAUCACUGUGUUUGAACGAGACCAGUUCUCACCUGACGACUUCCUCGGCAGGACUGAGAUCCGACUGGCCGAAAUCAAGAAGGACCAGGGUUCCAAAGGACCAAUCACAAAGAGGCUGCUGCUUCACGAGGUCCCCACGGGGGAGAUCGUGGUUAGACUGGACCUCCAGCUGUUUGAAGAACCGUGAGACGUGCGGCAGGUUUGACCAGAUGGGACUGGCCUGAGAAUGAACUCUGAGAAACGAGCAGGGAUCAGCGGCUGGACUGGAAUAGACUGGACCAGAAGCCUGGAAUGACCUGGGGUUACUCAUUAUGUGUUCUGGCUGUUAAUGUUUAGGGCGCUCGGUGUGUUAACAGCGGGUUGUAAUGUGAUUGUUUUGUGAGAAAGACCCCAGGAAAAGUCAGAAAUUACAUCAAGUAACUAAUUAUCAUCAUCUUUAAUAACUACUUUAGAUGUUAUAUCACAGUUUUACAGAACUUUAUUUCCCAAUAUUUGCAUAAUUUGGAAGAGGUUAGCAAUAAAUGGGCUUAUUUUGGGUUCAUUUUUUAAACAUAAGUACAUAUCUUGGACUGAAAUAGAUUUAUCUUAGAGUACUGGAGUACCAUUACAUCCAUUUCAAAUAUUUAAAAGAAAUAUAGAAAUUCUAGGUAUUUAACAGCUGCAGCCAGCAAGGAUUAUAUGUUCUUUGCAUAAAAGGGAUUUGCUGUGCUAACAAAAACAUCUUGGAAUAUGUAAUGGCAGCAAAUAAUGAUAGUCCUAGGCCCGUUUCUGGUCCAGUUAAUGCCAGUCUGCUCACGCCACACUGCUCUGGGGUCCAGUUUAUACUCGCUCCAAGUUUGGACAUCAGACGGGUUGCUACUGUUUCCGCCUCCUCUGCUUUAUCCAGACAGUCUUAGAGAAACUCCAGCGACAAUCCCUCCUUUUGUGUCCCGGCAAAUCUAACCGCUGUGUGUGACUGAGCGUAUGCCAGGCGGCUGUGAGUGACUAGAAAUGUGAAAAGUUGGGUAGUGGAUAUCUAAAGGCACUGUUCGGUUUACUUUUUAUUUCUUUUCUUUUUUUUUUUUUUUUAUUAGUCCAACCAGCUCCUCAGACUCGGACGUUUUGGUUUUAACCUCGACUGAACACUUGCCACAUUUCCUCAGAAAGUGCUUAAUAUGUACAGGUGUAUUGAAAACCACGCUAAUAAGCUGAAGAAACAGAAAGAUUUUAACCAAGUAUACGGCAGGUAUUCAGUGUAAAUGACCGACUACAGACACGUCAAGGCGGAUGUCAUAUGCACCAGAUGUAAUAAUGAGGCUGAAGUCAACAGUCAAUGCAGUGAACAGGUACGAAAGCUGAUUUUGAUCAAGGUACUGUGAACAAGAAUGUCUUAACUUUAGGUUUUUUGUUUUUUUUCUGUCGCACAUCUCAACUCUGACAUGCUGCUGCUGUGUUAACGGUUGUCAUUUCUA